UUCCUUGAUAUUUACAAAACAAGGUCCGUGCUUCUUAAAGCAUAUUUAUGAUCUAUUGUAAUUCUAGACUCUGUCUUACUUCAGAUAGAGAGAUGAUGAGCUAUAGUUACAGAAACCCAGCUAGGGUUUAUCUUUGUUCAUUCCUAUUUAUUUCUCAAAUUCUUGUUCCGUUUUCUCAAGCAGCCAACAAUAUCACACAAGGCCAAUUGGUGAGAGAUGGAGAAACAAUUCUCUCUUCAGGUGAAAACUUUGUAUUGGGUUUUUUUAGUCCUGCAAAUUCAACAUCUAGGUAUGUUGGGAUAUGGUACAACAAGGUUUCUGAGCAAACAGUCAUAUGGGUUGCCAAUAGGGAGAAUCCAAUCUCUGGUAAAAAUGGAACCCUAACAGUUGGGAAUGAUGGAAAUCUACUGAUUUCAGAUGGAAAUGGCAAUUCAAUCUGGUCAACUAAUGCUUCAAUUUCAGGAAAUUCAACUGCAGUUCUUCAGGAUAGUGGUGAUCUUGUUCUCAACAAUGAUACAAAUCAUGUUUUAUGGCAAAGCUUUGCUCGUCCAGCGGAUACAUUUUUACCUACCAUGAAGGCAUAUGCAAAUGACCAAAUUGGGGAAAUUCGCGGCUUCACUUCCUGGAAAAGCCCUAACGAUCCUUCGCCUGGAAAUUAUUCAAUGGGUAUUGAUCCUCGCGGAUCGCCACAGCUAGUGGUGUGGGAGCAGAACAAGAGGAGGUGGAGGAGUGGGCAGUGGGAUGGUCAAAUAUUUAUGGGUGUUCCUAGAAUGAAAGCUCUCUAUUCCUAUGGUUUCAAGCUCAACAAUGAUGCAGAUGGUGAGUACUUCACUUACACAACAUUGAACACUACUCAUAUUGUGAGGUUUAUGAUUACAUGGGAUGGAUUUGGAGAGCAGCUUUUUUGGGAUGAACCAAACAAGAAUUGGACUGUACUCCAGAAAGAGCCUUCAGUGCAAUGUGAUGAAUAUAACAAGUGUGGGAAUUUUGGUUUGUGUACUGUGGGAGCUUCUCAAUUUUGCACUUGUAUUGAAGGGUUUGAAGCACAGAACACAAGUCAAUGGAAUAAUGGAAAUUGGUCUGGUGGGUGUGUUAGGAGUACCCCUUUGCAGUGUGAUAAUAGUAGUAGCAGUGAUGGGUUUUUGGCAGUUGAGGGGUUGAAGUUGCCGGAUUAUGCUGAUAUCGUGAAGGCGAAAAACACAAGCGAGUGUCAGACCAAGUGUUUGACGAAUUGUUCUUGCAUUGCAUAUGCAUACCUAGAUGGGAUUGAUUGCCUGAUUUGGGGUGGUGAUUUAGUUGAUGUUGAGCAUUUACAAGAUGGUGGGGGAACACUAUACGUGCGCGUUGCUCAGUCUGAAUUAGGUGGUAGUAGCAGAAUAUCCAAUCUUGCGAUAAUAAUAACGGUAGUAUCUGUAACAAUCUUCCUGAUCAUAUCCAUUUGGCUACUAUGGAGGUCCAGGGCAAAAUUGAAAGCAUUAUCAAAAUCAUGGGGGAAAAGCCAUGAUUUUUCAAUAUUUACUGCAAGUAAAAGUAAAGAAUUUUCAACAGAUUUUUCGGGACAAGGUGACCUAACUAUUGAUGGGAAGCAGGGCAGUGGAUCAGAUUUACCAUUGUUCAGUUUCAAUUAUGUAGAUGUUGCCACAAAUUAUUUUGCACUUGAAAACAAGUUAGGACAAGGGGGAUUUGGUCCUGUAUUCAAGGGAACACUACCAGGGGGACAAGAAAUAGCUGUAAAGAGGCUUUCAAGGCGGUCUGGACAAGGCUUGGAGGAGUUUAAGAAUGAGUUGAUACUAAUUGCAAAAUUACAACACAGAAAUCUCGUGCGACUGUUGGGCUGUUGCAUUGAAGGGGACGAAAAGAUACUGGUUUAUGAAUACAUGCCUAACAAAAGCUUGGAUUUCUUUCUUUUUGAUCCCGCUAAGAAAGCACAACUAGAUUGGAGGAAGCGCUUUACAAUAAUUGAAGGUAUUGCACGGGGAAUUCUCUAUCUUCAUCGGGAUUCAAGGCUCAGAAUUAUUCAUCGAGAUCUUAAAGCUAGCAACAUACUGUUGGAUGAGGAGAUGAACCCGAAAAUUUCUGACUUUGGCAUGGCCAGAAUAUUUGGAGGGACCGAAAAUGAAGCUGAAACAAACCGAGUUGUUGGCACAUAUGGCUAUAUGUCACCUGAGUAUGCAAUGGAAGGACUAUUCUCUGUGAAGUCUGAUGUUUAUAGCUUCGGUGUGUUGCUACUAGAGCUUGUAAGCGGCCAGAAAAACAAUACUUUUCGCUCGCAUGAAUGCUCAAACCUUAUUCGAUAUGCAUGGAAACUAUGGAAUGAUGGUAAAGCGAAGGACCUUGUAGAUCCUUCGAUUGUGGAAUCUUGUUCUGAAGAUGAAGUUAUGAGAUGCAUACAUGUAGGGAUGUUGUGUGUGCAAGAGUCUGCAGUUUAUAGACCAAACAUGUCUGCUGUGGUAUUAAUGUUGGAGAGUGAAAGUACAAAUAUGCCAACGCCUAGACAACCCAGGCUUGCUUCAUUGAAUACCUCCGGAGAUACGGAUAUCGAAGAAGUUGAAGGUGAAGGUGAAGGUGAAGGUGAAGGUGAAGGUGAAGAAGUUGAAGAAGGUAAUGAUAAUGAUAUUACAUCCUCAAAUGACGUAACAGUUACAGAAUUAAUAGGAAGGUAAAUUUUGUUUCCCUUUUUUUGUAGUACUACAUAAUUUGUGGUCUUAUAUGGACCAUUUGUAUGAAAACAACAUUUGUGGUGUAUUUUGGAUUAUGAAAUAUAGUUUGUAUACCAAUUCCACGUGUA